GAAGCUGCCGAGUCGUACUGGGUGCAGAAUGUUUUGAAAUCUUUUGCUCAGCAAACUGGGUACCAUUUGCAUCAGAACUUGCUGUCAUUGCACCACACAUGGCCAUCUCACCGAACAAGAUGGUGGGCUGUCCUGUCCAUGCCGAGAAGAUGAGCAUAGAGCCUCAAACAGAAGCCGCCCAACCUUGUUCAGGCAGUGUUGAACCGAGCGUCAAGCAUUGUGCUCGACCAAGCAGCCUUGCAUCCGAGUCCGUGGUAUUGCCAGGUCAGUCCAUGUCUCUUGUAGGUCCUGCCGUGGAUGUCGAGUCCAUGUCCUUGUCUGGUCGUGCCGAUUGUGUUGCCCCAGAGGUCAGCGCCAAGCUAGGCCCCUUUACCUUGCAAGCGUCCGGUCCCAACCAACUUGCCUCUGUCGAGACUGAGUUUGGAGCAUCCGUGUACAGACCCAAAGACCAUUUUGGAUUUCUGCAUCCUAAUGUUGAACCGAGUGUCAAGCAUUGUGCUCGUCCAAGCAGCCUUGCAUCCGAGUCCGUGGUUUCGCCAGGUCAGUCCAUGUCUCCUGUAGGUCCUGCCGUGGAUGUCGAGUCCCUGUCCUUGUCUGGUCGUGCCGAUAGUGUUGCCCCAGGGGUCAGCGCCAAGCCAGGCCCCAUUGCCUUGCAAGAUUCCGGUCCCGACCAACCUGCCCUUGUUGCGCCUGAGUUUGGAGAAUCCGUGUACAGACCCAAAGACCAUUUUGGAUUUCUGCAGCCUGAUGUACAGACAGCUUUCCUGCAUACUCCUCCGAUAGGCCAACAUAGCAAAGCAGAAUUGUUCAACAGCCUCUCAGAGGUUGACCCAGGCCAAGCCAGACGUGUCCAUGAAGCUCUGUUCAAAGCCAAUCAAACCUUGCCUGACUUCAAACACUCGAUCAUCAAACCUGAUGAACAGAUGUAUGUGCACCAGCGAAAAUCCUCCGGAAUGCAGGCCACUCCGGAUGACAAGAAUGCCUGCCCAGAUCUCCCAAAACCCGGAAUCCAGGCAACUCCGGGAGAACAUAAUGCCUGGGAGAAUCACCAACAUGAAAGCACCUCAGUUCCCAUUGCGGCCAAGCUGCCCAUGCUACCACUUGAACGCCACAGUGAAAUUGGCUCCUCAGCUUUGCCUUCUGAUGUGAAUUGCCUAGUUCAACGAGAAGCGUCAGAGCUUCCCACGCAGACCAUGAACAAUCUUGCGGAAGAUGGAAAAGCCCAGGAUCCAUGGAUUUCCCGUGAUCCCUGGUCACAAGCUAUUGCAUCCGCCAAUCACAAGACCAGCAGAUCAUCAAGUUUGCCAUCAGACCCUUCACAACAGCAGAUGCAUCCGUAUCAGCAACAUGGAGGUGUGAAUCAAUUUGCUAGUCGCAAACGGGGAUCUCAUCCAGGUCACGGUGCAGGAUCCCUGUACAAAAUGUUUGUCAAGCAGGGCACAACUGUUGGUCAAGUGGCCAUCGCAGAGGGAAACCUUCUUGAGCUUCCUGAACCUGUCAGAACCUUGGAUGCAAUGGGCCUUCAUUUGCCAGUCUACCGAGAAGUGUUUGACAACCAAAUCAUCCUUUUCGAAGAUGGUACAAAACCUCAUUUGAUCCAAUCCCCUUUCAUGGACAACAUGUCCCGCCAUGAUGCGCUCUGGAGUCAGCAAGGUUGGGUUGCUUGUGAUGAAAUGAAGUUUUAUCUGCAAAUGAUUGGGCAGCCUAAUUUAACCAACACGACUCCACCAGUGAUUGUGCCGCAAGAUGAGGACGGACCAAGACUGAUUGAAGAAUGGCUCACCAUUGGCAUGGACAAAAUUGGAGCAGGACAUACCAGUUUUUCGUUGCACACUGCCUGCCUUUUCAACCAGCAUUGGUUUCCGAUCUCAGCACUGUUUAACAACGACGAGAUUAAGGUAACCACCACGCUGACUGAUUUGCCCACUUUGAAGAACUGGAUUCAGGUCUCCCUCGGAUUUGAUGUCCUAUUCCAGUAUCGUGUGCCAAUUGAAAGUUUCCCUGCCGACUGCGGAUUUCAAACGAUUGCAGCCAUCAUGGCACAUGACCUAGCUGACAGCAGGGCUUAUCCCAUGAGCUCUGAAGACGCGAUCAAGUGGAGACAACAGUUUGCCAAUCACCUGGCCAACCAAGGUACAGCAGACCGUUUUGACUACCAAGUGCAGUAUGGUGGAGUUGCAGAGCCCCUUGUGACUGAACUAUCUGUGCUACUUCAAGCACACGGUGUCAAAGCUGAGAGAGUAGGUGAACUGGCAACUCACCUCAUCCAAACUUUUGGCAAACAAUCCAUCCAGCAGACAUUGGGUUCUGCUCGACCAUGGGCUGACUUGAAAGCCAAAGCCUCAGCACAUCGUCCUCCCAUUAAGCUUGUGCUUACAGAGGAAUUGCAAAGCCAGAUUCAUGACAGACUUCAAACUGGAAAGCAGAUCGGUAACAAGAAGAACAAGCAAAACAAGCGUGCCAGCCAAACCACCUGGUCCGCACCACGAGCCUCAGAAGUGCAGAUCCCCAAUGGAAUCUUUCAGCAGAGUGACGGAAGCCCUUUGAAUCAGAUCACACUGCAUCAAAUGCAGCUCAACCAGAAAGGUGUAGCAGUUGUGAACAUCGAAGAUGCUCUUCCUUUUCUCCAUUUGCAAAAACCGAUCAGUGCUGAAGGAAUAGGCAUGUUAGUCCUUGACUUCCAUGACCAAGCCCUUCCUGCUUGCCAUCAGAUCAUCCGUUUUCCUGCGUCUUGUGCCGGAACGCAGGAACCCAUGAUUCUAACAGCAGCUCUUCUUCAGUUAGGAAUGGAGAUCGAUUUGGAUUACGGACAUCCAGCCAACAUGCAGCAGACGUGCACGCCUUGCACAGGAAUCACUCCUGACAAGAAUGGUCUGGUGUGGAUUGCACACGCUUCUGAACCACCGAAUUUCUUCAUUUUCACCAUGCAGCAUGGAGAUGUUUUGAUUAGUGAAGUUCAGUCCAGCAAGCCAUCAGCCAAGCGAGUGGAAGGAGUACCAGUUGCUUCUGCCAGGACACUCCGACAUCUCAAUUCCAGUGCGAUGGUUGCAGCCAACGUGAGCCAUGAUAUCUCCAAACAAGAUCCACUGCAACUCAAUGACCCAUGGGCUGGAGCAGCCAAAGGCCAAAGUGCCCGAUCCACGAGCAUCACACCAAGUCAAAUGGCAUCAAUGGAAAACAACGUGGAGAAGAGGCUCAGAGCCACGUUCCAGCAACAGCUCACUGGAACCAAAACUGACGAUGCCCCAAUGGAUGCCCAAGUGGACACCAGAGUAACGCAACUCGAACAACAAGUGAGUUCGUUAACUGACAACCUCAACCAGCUUACAGGUUCCUUGUCGUCAUUCAAGCAGCAGCAGCAGCAGACCCAUAAUGCCCAAGUAGUGCACCAAGUCCAAGCCUUGAAGCAGCAAGCAGAACAACAAGACAACGCAAUACGGUCCAUUCUCGACCAAAAGAUGGAGGCCAGAAUGUGCUUGAACACCUUUCUUUGCAAUGACGUUUGGAUCCAUGGCGCUGUCGUCUAUGGCUUUGCACAUCGAGCAUACUCCACAGAAGUCCGCAAUGCCACAGAUGAGCUCCUGCAGGUUGAACUCAGCGCGAUCUGCCUCACUGUUCAUGCCGAGGUCAGAUGGUUUGAGAAGAUGUUGCAAACUGAUUUGAUCACCAAAGCCAAAAACAACAGAGUUCUUAACCCGAAUAAAGUUUUUCAGGACUUUGCCAAACCUUCAGUUUCGCCGGUUUGCAUUCUUUUGGAUGAAGUGGCAUCUCGUAUCACUGAAGUUGACCAUGAUGACAAUUCCAUCACGCUUGACAGACAGUCCAAAUUUUGGGAUGGUGAACUGAUCACGCAAGCCGGACCAGCAACACCCAUCAUCAUUUGUGACGAUAAGGUGUGGUUAGAUUCCAUUGAUGGCCUUGUUCCCGGACAGCCAGUCCGACAAGAACGUUUUGUAGGACAGCUCAAUGAAAUGUUCAACCGUUUUCAACAUGAAUGGCAGAAGCGUUGGGACCGCCACCUCGAUGUGCCAGAUGAACAGUGGUCUCCCCUGACCGAUUUCUUCUGCCUUGCAAGACCACCAGCGCCUGAAAUGACCUACACGCCCAUCACCAGAGAUCUCUGGACCAAAACUUUAAAACGGAAAAAGCCCAGAGCAAAAGGACCCGACGGUUGGACCAGACAAGAUCUCCUUCAACUGCCAUUAGACUUGACUGAUGCCAUACUUGACAUGCUGCACGGUAUUGAAGCAGGUACCAUGCAGUGGCCCAGACAGAGCUCCUCCACCAAUCUUGAGAGCAUGGGCCCAAGCUCUGACUUCCAUGGAGAGACGGUUCAGUAUCAGAGGUACAAAGUUGCAUGCGACGUUGCUUCCAGACAAACGUUCGUGGGCCUUGCGAACUGUGAUGCAGCCUUCACUCUAGAGAACAUGACACCACAUGCUCGUGACCGUGCUAUCAUGAGAAGUGCGAUGAAUGGCACCUUCUACACAGCAGAUCAUUUGAAGCACAGGGACACCCCAGGUGAUACCAG